AUGACAGUCUUUCGCAAGAUUUCAUUAAUGUUAAGUGACGCUGAUGAUUAUAAUGUUAAUAUUCAAGUUGGAGAAAAUGAGAAUAUAAAAGAAUUUCAUGCGCAUUCAAAUGUUUUGAGAGCUCGUUCUCCUUAUUUUAAAAAAAUUGUUGCUUGGGAUUAUUUAAUUAAAUGGGGUAUUGAUCAAACUCCUGAUUUAGGAAUUAAUAAUAAUAAUAAAAUUAAUUGGAAUAAUAACAAUUAUGAAUCAUUAAAGAAAACUUUAAAUCAAUUUAUUCCUCUUAUUAGAUUUUCAGAAAUUGAUUCCGCUGAUUUUUAUGAUCAAGUACGCCCUUAUAAACAAAUUAUUCCUCAAUAUAUUUAUGAGAAUUUUAUUUGA